UUAGCAGCUGGAAGAGAGCAGGGUCUCAGUCCGCUGGGGUUUGCCUCCUUUUGUGCUCCACCAACACUGGAAAAAAAUUAAGAGUUUUUUCAACCUUGAGCAUUGAAAAUAUUUCGUUUUAGUUUGUUUGAGAUGGAUAUUGGAGCAAAGUUUGAUGAUUCUUUGUUUGAAGUCGCUGACGAGUCAAGACUUCAAAAAGUGAUUGAAGAUGAAAAGAAUUGCUGUAUUCGGGAGCCACUUUGGUUUGUAGAUGCAGAUCCAGAGGGGUUGGACAAAGAUCAAGAGCAGAUGCAGUUGUACAAGUCCCAGGGAGACUGGUUGUAUUACAACAAAGACCAUGAAGGAGCAGCAAGGAAAUACCAACAAGCCUUAGGUAUCUUGCCUAAGGGCAAUGCAACUGUUAAGCGUGACCUCUUAGAGUGUAUAUCAUGUUGUCAUAUUGCUUUGGGGCAUGAGAAUGAAGCUCUGAAGUAUGCACACUUGUUGAGAGAUGAAGGGACCAAUUUUGAGCAGCAAACAGUUAUUUUGAAUCUUUUGAAAUCAAUUCACCAUCAGUUUGGAAAAACAUCUGGUGAACUUAUUGUCUUGGAAAAACUCCUGAGUCUUCAUCCAUACAACCAUCAUCUUUGGAUAGAGUUGGCUGAGGUCUUCAGAAUCAAACAGUCUCAAGAAAGUGAAAGUGAAAGUGACAGUUUAAAAUUGGCAGCAGGAAACAAAAAUGAGAAACAGUUGGCAGUGGCUUAUCAUUACAGGUGGAGGGAAGAUGUAUACACUGCCCCCUGUGUUUAG